AUGCCCGCACGCGACACGGAGGAUGCGGUCGACUCGGAACCGCCCGUGCCGGAUGAGCUGAGUUGCGCCAUUUGUCUCGACUUGCUUCUCGAUCCCUGCACGUCGUUCCCAUGCGGGCACAGCUUUUGCGCUGGCUGCGUUGCAGCAUGGAUGGAGCGUGGCAGAGACCCGUGCCCGACCUGCGGCACGCCGAUGGCGCACGUGGCGCUCUCGUUUGCCCUCAAGGCGGCGGUCGAGCGCCACGCCGGAAGGAGCGGCGUCGCGGCGCAUCGAGCCCGGCGUGACACGCCCGAGGUGACCGCUUUCUCGCGCUCCGCCGCGCCGCCGACGCGGCUCGACGAGAGGAUUGUCGCCGCAGUGCUCGGCCGCGCCGCGCUGCCAGCCGAGGGCGCGCAGGGCGGAGCCGCGGAACUGGCUGCCGCGCCGCUGCUGCCGCCCGCCGCCGAGCUGGUCGCCUUUCUGCUCGCGCCGCGCAAGCUGCUCGCGCUCUGGUUCGCCGCCUUCGUCGGCUUCUUCGUCUUCUUCCUGCAGCAGAACCUGUGGGCGCUCACCGCGCCUCCAGCGCGCGCGACCGACGCGGCGCCAGCUGGGGCGGGCGGCGGCGAGGGCCUUGGCGCCCACCCCGCCGCCGACUCGCCGCUCGACGCGCUCGACGCGCUCGACGCGCUCGACGCGCUCGACGCGCUCGUCGGCGUGAGCUCCGUCUCGCUCUUCCUCUCGUGCCUCGCCCUCGCGGCCGCGCGGCAGCACCUCGCCGGCGUGCUGCAGCUGCCUCGCCCGCGCGGCGAACUCGCUCUCCCUCUCCUCGCCGUCGCCGCCACAGUCUUGCUCGCCCUCGCCUACGUUGGCGUCGCGCUCUCGACUCCGCUGCCGGAUCUGCCGCUGCCGGAUCUGCUGCCCUACCUCACGGCGCAGGCGGGCAGCGACGCGGCUCAGGCCGACCCGGCCCAGGCCGACCGGGCGGCGCGCUGUCCGCAGUGGGCCUCUGGAGGCGAGUGCGUCAACAACCCGUCGUACAUGCUCGAGCACUGUGCCGCGUCUUGCCUGCACGCGGGGCGCGGGCCGUCGCAGGGAGGGCACGGCCCGGCGGCCUGGCUGGCGGGGCAGGAGGGCCGGCUGGCGGGGGCGGACUCUCCGAUGGCGAAGCUGCUGCGCACCUACGAGGCGGAGGGUGCCUGGCGCGCUUACAGCGAAACCACGAUGCUGCUGCUGCGGACGACGCUGCCGUCGCUGCCGAUGCUCGCCGCGAAGGUGUUCGCCGUCACCUUUGUCCUCGUAUACGCCGUGAUCAGAUUGGCGCCCGCCCACCGCCUCGUGCGAUGGCACGACCCGGCGGCGGCGGGGCACUGA